AUGUACUGUCGAGAGCAGCAGAGGACUGAAGCAGAGCCGGGGACCAUGAAACAGAAUGGUGCCUCCUGCGCGGUGGAGCCUGCCCCAUGCCCAUGUCUCCUGGAUGGCGACAGCUGCAUCAGCAGGUCCCAGACCAGCGCCCAUGACUCAACUUGGGCAACAAACGGCUCCGGUGUGGCUGCAUCAGCUGGUCCCCGAAACAGACCCAGUGGGGCAGUGGGCUCCUGGUGCAGCAGCCCAGAGUGUGUAGCCAGCCAACCAGAGGCUGCGGAGAAGGAGAGACAGGGAGCAGGGAAGGUCCUGGUGACCGGCGGGGCUGGGUACUUUGGGUUCAGACUGGGACGGACCCUGGCCAGCCAGGGGGUGAGGGUGGUUCUGCUCGACCUGCACAAACCGCUGUGGGAUGUUCCAGAUGGGGCUGUCUUCUACCAGAGUGACAUUCGAGAUUACGAGUCCCUGUACAAGGUGUGUGAGGGGGUUGACUGCAUAUUUCAUACAGCGGCUUAUGGAAUGUCGGGUCCUGAGCAGCUGAAGAGAGAACUGGUCGAAUCUAUCAACGUUGGGGGAACCAACAACGUUAUUAAUGUGUGUUCUGAGCGUGGGAUAACACGACUGGUCUACACGAGUACCGUGAACGUGGCCUUCGCAGGGAAACCCAUAGAGGAUGGGGAUGAGGACUCAGUUGCCCUCCUUCCACUGGAAAUGCACAUAGACCACUACUCUAGGACCAAAGCCAUAGCUGACCGGAUGGUGCUGGCAGCCAAUGGAAGGACACUGAAAGGGGGUGGCGUGCUGCUGACCUGCACACUGCGUCCUUCAGGGAUCUACGGCCCAGAGGAGAGGCGCCACCUCCACCGGGUGAUGGUCAACGUGGAGAGGCGUCUCUUCAGCUUCAGCUUUGGGAACCCUCGGGCCCUGAUGAACUGGGUGCACGUGGACAACCUGGUGACGGCCCACCUGCUGGCCGCCGAGGCACUGACGCCAGAGAGACGCUGCGUAGCGAGUGGACAGGCCUACUUCAUUAAUGACGGAGUGUCAGUGAACAUAUUUGAGUGGUUUAGGCCUUUGUUUGAAAAGCUGGGAUACAGCCGGCCUUUGAUCCACCUCCCCGUCUGUCUGGUCUACACAGCAGCUGUGCUGAUGGAACGUGUGCAUCUGCUUCUGAGACCAUUCGUGGAGAUCCCACUGCUCUUCACCCGGAAUGAGGUGAGAAACAUUGCCAUCAGUCAUACCUUCAAGAUUGACAAGGCCCGCCGGGAGCUGGGCUUCUCUCCCAAGAAGUACAGCCUCUCGGAGGCGGUGGACCACUACCUGAAGAACCAGCAACUGCACUCCAGCCAGACUGGGCCCCUAUCCUCUCAGUUCUUCUUCCUGAUGGUGCUGCUCUUCAUGGGCCUGCUCACCCUGCUGCUCUGCUCCAGCGGAUGGGACCAGAAGCACUGAACCAAAAGCCCUGACUCAACCACCCGAGAGACUCUGAGACACACACUGUACCUGGUAAUACACAUAAUCAACGCUAUACUAUUAUCAUGAAACAGCAGCACACAUGGACAAGACUACAUAGCAUUGCACAUUAAGCAGGGGUGUGGGACAAAAGAUGUGUGUUUGCUGCAGGGGUUAUUUAAUUAUUAUUUAUUCAGUAGAUGUAAAGGAAACACUAAGUACUUAUCUGUUCUGGUCAGGAAAGAUUAUUUAAGACCAAUGUUGCAAUACUAGAUUGUUGAAUUAGGUCAUCAAAAGUAUCUACACAAACAUUUUCUGAUAGAAUCAUAUUUGUUUUUGAACAGGAUUUCAAAUAGCUUUAAAUUAAAAAUUUCAUAAGGGCUCGUUGGCAGGUGAUGGCAAUAUCAUGUCUUGGCAUGUCAGCGCCGUCACUCUUGCUGUGGCCUUUAGUCUGAUGUUUUUUUUUUUUUGAAGACACACCACUAUUCUCAUCAUCUCAAAUCGACUUCACACACAUUUCUCCAUACAGUGGCAGGUGGUCGCUUCCUCCAAAAUAUCCAUUGCUUCCAGAGGAAUACCCACAGUGCCAUAUAAAGAGACCCCAAACAAUCUCUUAUUGGGGAGGCUGUUACUCUGCCCAAUUGGCAUUAAUAUUAUUGGCCUUAGAGUUAUGUGUGGCCAGACGGGGCCCCAGACAUAGUAAAGCAGAGACAGACGAAUGUCCUUCUAGGUCUCUUUUUCUGCCUUAUUAAGUCUGAGAGAUGAGCCCACAUCCCUUGGCACAUUUGAGUCUUCCAGAGAGAGAGAGAGAGAGAGAGAGAGGUCACUCUUAUGGAUAGAUAUGCUUUGCUGUACAUGAUUGAAAUACUUAGAUGUGAGAGUUUGAGUGAGUUAGUUAGUGUUAGUUGAACCAGGCGUUCGGGUGGUCAUAGAGAAAUUAGUACAAAAGCAACAGUGUAGUGUGUGUAUAUACAGCUCCUGCAAAAAUUAAGAGACCACUUCAAAAUUUGACCUUGUUCUUAUGAACCGCCGUCUUUUAAAUUUUAAGGGUGGAAACCUGACACUCAGUGUAUCCCUCUGCCAGUAAAACCAGAAUUGAACCCUUCUUUUCCUCACUCAAAACGUUUUGGCAUGGUCAAUAGACACUUUAUAUAUUCCAUUAUAUAUAUAUUAAUAUUCCAAUUACUUUUGAGGUACUACUAGCACUGUUUCUGCCAUCCAGCUUGUCCUAUUGCAAGAGGAUAGUGAUGACCACAGCACUGGUCUUUAUACUUUUCUUCAUUAAAUAAGAUUUUGUUCUGGUGAUCACUUAAUCAGUACCUCAGUAGAAUCAGGUGUGCCUGUAUUGGAAUUCAACAGAAACUGGAAUGGAAUGGCUGCCAUACACUUAGAAAUGCUGAUUUAAGAAAAAUUUGGAGUGGUCUCCAGAGCUGUAUAUAUAUAUAUAUAUAGUCUCUCAGUCUUGUAAGCACAUUACUGCUGUGAAUGUAGACACUAUUAGAGUCUUCCUGGUAAUGGACCCAAAGGAUUGUCCGCCAAUACAUAAGCCCUAUACAAACAGAAGUGGUUAAAGGAGCUUAAAGGGCACAAAUAGGCAGUUUUGUGUCAUUGGCAAGUAACGAACCAGAAUUUUGAACUAGAGCACAGAAUAGUAGCUUGUUCGUUAACAACACAUGCACCAAAAACAGUAAUC